CCUCCCUGCUACCAUUGUUCUCCAUUCAUAUAUAUAUAUAUAUAUAUAUAUAUAUGUAUAUAGUCACAACCCUUUACCUCUCACCCCUAAAAUCUAUCAAUGGCUCCUCUCCCCCCUCUCUCAUAGUUCUCCAUUCACAAUAUACAUAUAUAUAGUCACACUCCCUUUGCCUCCCCUAAAAUCUAUCAAUGGCUCCUCUUGCCCCUCUCUCAGAAGAACCCACCAUCCCCUGCUCCUCGUCCUCCUCUAAACGCUCUCUUUCUCUUCGCUCUUGGCUCAAGAACUACAUCCCCCAUCUUUUCCUCCACAAACGCUCCGACCUCAAGCUCCUUCUCAGCGUCCUCGCCUGCCCUCUCUCCCCCAUUGCCAUCCUCCCCAAACACUCCCUCCAGGUCUCCUCUGAGUCCCAGUACAUUAUCCACCAGUUUAGAGCCACAACAAGAUGUAGCAAGAUAGAGAGUGGCGGGGGAAAGAACAUGUUUGUUGCUGGGAGAGUGAAAAUGGUGAAGAUGUUGGAGCUAGGGCUUGCUUCUUCUUCCAAUAAUCCUGGAGAGUACCAUGAAGGUUGCUUUGUUAUGUGGCAGAUGGAUCCUGAUCGGUGGUUGAUUGAUCUCUCUGUUUCCGGCAAUCGGGUCAUGGCCGGGAGUGAUGGUAAGGUGGCCUGGCGCCGCACGCCGUGGCUCAGCGCUCAUGCUGCUCGCGGGGCUGUGAGGCCUGUCCGGCGUGCUCUUCAGGGAUUAGAUCCUGUGACAAUUGCAGCUGCAUUUUCCCCUGCAAAACGUAUAGAAGAUAGGUACAUAGGGGAUGAGGAAUGUUUUGUUCUGAAGUUGAGCACAGAUUCUUUGACUCUUUCAAUCCGGAGUGAUAACACUGCAGAGAUAAUCAAACACGACAUGAUCGGCUACUUCAGCAUGCGGAGCGGUCUGUUGGUGCAACUAGAUGACUCCCAACUGACACGAAUCGAGUACCCUGGUGCCCAGGCAUUGUACUGGGAGACAAUUAUCUCAUCACGUAUUGAGGAUUAUCGCGAAAUUGAUGGUGUUUUGAUUGCACACUCAGGGCGGUCCACUGUAAACUUGGAAAGGUUCGGAGUCGGCAUGAAAACUCAGAGAGUAUCUACCCAGAUGGAGGAGAAAUGGACAAUUGAUGAUGUGGUCUUUAACGUUCUUGGUCUCUCCGCUGAAUGCUUCAUCCCUCCGGAGGAGAUCAAGAACACGUAAUUUUGCUUAUUGUCCUUUCUUUUUGUCUUUUAAUUAGAAAGUGACCUAGGCAUAAUUGUUAUACAAAAUCAAAAUGGCAUUAUCUGACCUCAGCAGUUUUAUGUAUAUAUGCAAUAAAUAAAGUCUGGUUCUCUAGCUAAGCAAUUUUGGUUUGUUGCGUUGCUCAGUUGGAAUGUGUCACAUGAUACUACUGUGCCUUCAAUUGGAAAACAUUUUAAAUUCAA